CAUAUCGACGCUGCACGCAGCGGGAUUACCCAGAUUUGCAAUACACUUCUAUCUGGGGGAAACUUCACUCCGGGAGAUCUCAGAUUUGGCCUUAUUGCCUUCCGCGAUCCUCCUCCUCAAAAUCCGAGCUUCAUCGUCCAGGAAUACCCUUUCACGACCGAUGUUGGAAGCGUCGCGGAGAAUUUAGGCGGCUUAACAGCGACGGGUGGUGGAAAUGGACCUGAAUCUCAAAGUGAUGCUUUGUCCGCUGCCUACAAGGCUGACUGGAAGGAUGAAGCGACAAAUAUUAUGGUGCUGAUUACCGAUUCACCCCCGCAUGGAAUUGGAGAGGAUGGAGAUGCCUUUCCUAAAGGGCGUCCACUUCGUACAUCACGCUUUUGGUCUUCAGUCGUAAUGAAUCAGCGAUGGUAUUAUGUGAUUGCGUGCGAGCCUACUCUGAGCCAGUAUUACAAGAGAGCGUGUGAUUUCUACCAAGGAUUGGUUAAGAAAACCGGAGGGAAAGCGGUCAACCUCGGCGAUCUCAGCGCGCUGCCCACUCUCAUCGCUGGUUCCGCUUUAGAGGCAGUCCGCAACGAGAUUUAUGUUGUCAAGCAUCAGGCUAAAGUUCGCAGCAUGGCGAACGAUCAGAAGAUGAGCGCCAGCGAAAUUUCUCAGAGGCUACACAAGAGCUUCGUGGCUGCAGGCAUCCAACACAGCACCCUCGUUGUCGAUAAUAUGCAUGAACAGCGUACGCAUGGAGAUCAGAAUGCCGACAUAUGGUUGAAUGCUGAGAAUUUUGACGAAGCGAAGAACAAUAUUCAGGAGGUAAAAUAUCGAUGA